CACGGCUUACGUUUACAGUUAACUUAUACGUCAUAGAUGGCAAUCGGUUUGGAAUUAUUACAGUGGGAAAAAAAAAUCCUCGAUGAAUAUUAGCAGGCUAAUAAUAAUAGAAACGUAAAAUAAAAUAUUAAAAAUUCACUGAUGGCUGAAAAUGUAUAUCAUUUGGAAUAUUUUACAAUCUAAAUAUAAAAGACUGAAGGUAGGGUCACACAAUAUGGAAAAUAAAACAUAACGGACAUAUAGCUUUCUUUUCUGUUUUUAUUAAAAAAAAUUAUUUAUUUAUUUAUUUAUUUAUUAUUAUUUUUUUAUUAUUAUUAUUAUUAAUUUUUUUUUUUUUUUUUUUUUUUUUUUUUUUUUUUUUUUAUUUGUAUCCAGUGGCCAGUAAACUGCAACUACUAAAAGUCCUAUUUUUAAACCAGUAAUAAUUAUACAGUACUGACGAGGAGCAAGUCUAGAUGAAACAAAAGGGCGAGACCUAUUUGUUUUGGCGUAUUGUUAUAUAGCUUUUCUCCUAUUCCGUAAACAGCCGAGCGGAAUUUCACGGAAACACUGAGUUGUAUGGUAUGUCAAACCAGCGAUAUAUUGGUGCAUUACAGCUCAGUCAGGGGCUAUUGUUGCUGGAGCCGGAAUAACUGCGUGUCAUAUUCUACUAUUUCAUGAAAGCUUUUUAUAAGGAUACGGAGGUUUAUUCCAGUUGUCAAAGAGAGAUUUCCUGAUGUGCUGAUUUCCCCUUCUAGUCAGAAUUUGACCUCCAUAAUUCAAUAUGUGUUACGUCAUCAUCACGUGUUGGACGUUGCUAUGGACGCUGCUUUCCAUCGCCAGCUUCAUGAUGAUCAUCGCCUCGAUUAUGUCCCCUUACUGGCUGGUCGGCACUCUCCGGAAGGCGGGCUCGGAAUCCAUUUACGACAAUCAAACCGGAGUCGACCCCAGUCGGAUUUUUUCGCCAAGCAUCGGCAUAUUCAACCGGUGCACCCGACUCCAUCACUACCGGAACAUAGACGAGCGGGAGACCUGCGCAACGUUUGUGACAGAGUUUAAUAUGCCAGACGACGAAUUCCCAGAUGCCUGGAAAGCGGCUUUAGUGUUCUUUGCGUUCACGGCUUUGAUUUUGUUGUUUGUGACUGUGACGUCGAUCAUUAGUUUGUGUACGAGAUCUGUCUGCGGGAAAAGUAUUUUUACAGUUUCCGGACUACUGCAGAGCAUCGCAGGCCUCCUCUGCAUCAUAGGUUUAAUCCUGUACCCUGCUGGCUGGGGGUCAGCGACGAUAAAGAAAUACUGCGGCGAAUACUCGUCCCCCUUUGAAAAAGAUAAAUGCAGUUUAGGAUGGUCUUUUUACCUGGUCAUCGCCGGCACGGUUCUCACGUUUCUGUGUGCCUUCCUGUCAAUCAAAGCUGAUUCGUCGACGUCAUCACGCAAAGUCGAGGAGGAGGUGCUGGAAGGCAAAAACCUUAUUUGUGUUGUCUGAUCUCAGCGCGACCAACAUGGUUGCUGGCAUGUACAGGGUUCGCAUCCCGGUACCGGCUCCCUACCCAGAGCGAGUUUUAACAACUCGGUGGGUGAGGCGUAAGGCCACUACACCGACUU